GAAGAAGACGUAUUUCCGUCAGUAGUGUGUCCCUCGCACCGAAACACGAAUAGAUUCCAUCAACUUAAAGUGUAUCACAUUCAACCAGGGUAGAAGUUUUCUUUCCACGAAUUGAUGAUCACUUCGAUUAUCAGGUUUUGGGUUCAAGAUUAUUCUCAAUUCGGUGGAUCCCAAUCAGAAACCGAAAAUGUAGUAAUCAAUUUUUGUGCGUGAUAUAGACGUAUUAGCUGUUAGCAAUUGUAGCCUCACGGGCCCGGCUUUAUGUAAGCACAAAGACCGUGGACAUUGCACCGACUUUUAACAAUGUAUCCUUCCUGGGGGAAUUUUGGUGGAUCCCAGUCGCAAAACUAUGGGGGGCCUGGACCUCGUAAGCAGCCUGGGGGUGGUCACGCCGGUCCGGCCGCAGCGUUUGGCGGCUUCGAUGCCUCGGCCGGCGGCUCUCUGUUCUCCACUCUCCAGGAGCAACACCUCCAACAGAUGCAGCAGCUGCAGAUGCUGCACCAGAAACAGCUUCAGUCAGUGUUACACCACGGUACCAGUGGCAAUACGUACUCUGGGGGACAGUCGGGGGGAUUUUCGGGGCCAUCGUGGCAUUCAGAGUCAACGUUACCGGUGCAUUCAGACAGCGGUGUUGGUGCUCAGUCCUACUUCAAACAAGAUGACACCCCUGGCUCUGCGGCCAGAUGCCCACCUCCUUCUCAACCGGGUCACCAACAGCCUCCUCCACCUCCACCGCGUUCCAUGCCCAAGGAGCCGACAACGGUCCCUCCUCCUCCAGAGCCAGCUUCAGUGAAACCACCUGAGAGCACCGGCGCUCCUGAGGCCAAGGACCUCCCCAAAACAGAUACACCUCUAUCGGACGAAGAUAAGGCUUCGCAUCUGCAAGUAAGGAUUUCACUUUUUUUACUUGACCUUUAUUAACCCUAGAAGACUAUCGCUAAAAUUAGUAACACCAUCACUUUCGCCGGCUGAUUUUUACCCGAAAUAAUACAUCCAAGAAAAAGUACUUGUCAUCAAAAUAGGACAAUACAUGCCAUGAGGGGACCAUAUAAAAUGCAACAAAAUAACUAAAAUUAGGAAUUCAUGAACAAAAAAUUCCUUAUAUAUAUAUGUAUAUAUACACAUACAUACAUAUACUGUAAAUUCAGUUUCUGUUCCACCCAAUCCUGGGGCAUGUGAGUCUUCCCUGAUGAAGACUCAGGGUCCUUGGCACAAUAACAGCUGCAGGAGAGAGAACCAAAAUAUGGCAUAUUUUGAGUGAGUAAAAAUGACCAGCUGAGUAAAAUAUUUCUUAUUACCAUAUGAAUUCCCUUGAAAAUCACUACAUUGUGAUAGUUAUUCAUAACCAUUGCGCUAAAUAAAGAUAGCAUGCAAAUUCCAGGACCACUAUUACUGACCUUAUUCACUACAUGCAGCUAUCACAUCCACCCAAACCUACUUACCCUUUAUCACUAUUGCCAGGUGAAAAUCACCCGAAUACGUGCCUGUAGGAAAAAGCAGGCUUUUGAUCAGGGAAACAAAUAUGCCUUCAAAGAUGUCAAAGGCUAUGCUGAAGCUACCCAGGGACCCAUGAUUCUCAGACAAACACAACAUAAUGAAAAUCACGUAAACAUGUUUGGUCGGGUGAAAAUUUACCCGGCGAUGGUGUUCUAGGGUUAAUUACAGAUUUCUUGUUUGCUUGUCUGCAGUAAAGACCACCAAGCCCCAUUGUGUUGAUGUAGCUGCACAUUAUUUUCAUUAAAUGUAAUAUCAGUGUCUGUCACAAGGCUACACUUUGUAAUCCAUGCAUCCAAGUAUCAUGUACCUUCAAUCAGAAAUCUUUAUUCAGACAUCCCUUGAGAGGUUUCUACAUUUAACUCAUCUUUUGAUACCAACUUUAUGGAGUGGAAAAUGUGGAGAUGAUGUGAACUGGUUUCCCAGUUUGUUUUGUCUGACAGAUGUCAUCUUCCACUUGAUUCCUAGCAACAACAGCAACUUUGGUACAAAAAACAUCUUCAAAAUCUUCAGAAGCUGAAACAAGAAAAGGCCAAACAGAAUCAAAAAGAAGGUCCUGUGCCACCUCCACCUCAUGGUAAAAGAGCUCCUCCUCCUCCAUCAGAACCCCCUAAGGGCACACCACCUCCGCCCCCCCCAAAAGAGGAACCUCCAGCACCCCCUCCGCCUCCAGAAGAGGGACGGGUAAGUACUUCUCAAAGGUGACAGACAUCUGUCAAUAAAAAUUCUUGCAUUUGGAAGUUAUUCUGUAUUUAAGAAAUAAAUUUAUUUUAAAAAUUAUUUUAAAUUGUGACUCUUCAAGAAAUGGAGCACAGUCUUCCAACUACCCUUGAGUAAUUUAUGUUUUUAAGUGGAAUGGGACUGCAAACAACAAUUUAAGAAAUGUAAAAAAAAAAACAAAAAAAAAAAACAACAACUGUGAUUUGAAAAGCAACUAGUAUUGGAACUCUGCUGUCUGCUCCUCUUCUCUUGCGUUUUGAGUCUACUCAACUACUUGCAUGACGCACUUGAACCUAUGACCAAAUGUCAAGUUGCACUGUGAGUAAGGUUACCUAUAUAGAGUUAAGAAACUACCUUGACUUGCAAAGACUCAUAAAGGUUUUGGUGACAAUAACAUCAUCUGUUCCUGUGGCCCUGGUUCAUUCAGAAAGCUUAGUUUAGCCAAAUUUACUUAAUCAGAUUAACUAGAAAAUAAAGAAUGUUUGCAUUUUUUUGGAUGAAUUUACAGAGUGAAAAUGCAGGGGAAACGUCUGCAUUUACAGAUACAGUAAGUCCCAGCAACCACUGUGUUAUCAUCACUAUCUUCAUCGUCAUGUUUGUGAAUGCACUUUUGAUACCUACUCUGUCACACAUGACCAAAGAACUUCCAUUAAUCUCUCCCUUGGUAUUGUUGGUGAUGAUCAUUGUGAGAACUUUGCCUGUUGCUUGCAACCAUACAUAAAUGCACUCAAAUACUUAUUUUUAUCCCGAGCAUUCAAAAUUUCCUGGGUGUCAGUAUGAAUAAUACACCUAACUGAUGACUGGUGAGAUACCCAGGCCUGUUAAAAUACAUUUUAGAGUUGCAGGUUAAAUGUGUCUAUAAUGUGCUGGUUGUCAUGAUUUGUUUCAACUUGGAUGAAAUAUUCAUCCUUUUCAUCACAGAUUCUUUGAAUUUAUGUCAUGAGUUCAAAACGAGAUGCUUUUUUUUAAUCCUCACUUGUUCUAUGUUCACAGCCUGAGGUGCCAAAGGAUCCAGAGGAGGCUGCACGCAUGCAGCAGUUACAAUCUGCAGCAGCGCAGUGGCAACAGUUGCAGCAGCAGCGAGCAGGUUUACAAUAUCAGGCUCUGAUGCAGCAGCAUGAAAAGCUUCAACAGGUCCUGGAACGAUACCAACAGCUCAUUCAGCAAAAUGCAAAUGUACAGGUAGAUGGCUUUACUCACCGUUUUAACUCUAUGAGGUUACUGAUUCAAAUCACUGGAUUUAAGAGUCAGGCAUGGCGGUUUCAGGAAAUGGAGAGAAAAAAAAACUCAAUCAUACACACACAUACACAUAGAUUUCCACAAUAGGAUUGUUAGGCUACACAGAAGAAAGGGCGGUGGGCAUAACAAUACUUUUCUAAUUAAUAUGUAUUGAUCAGAAGCUUAAUUUCAAGGUCUGUGCUUUUUAAUAACAGACUAACCUGCCCUAAUCAAAAUCACAACUAUUAUUAGUAUUUGUUAGACCUACCAUAAAGUCCCACCACCAUAUUGAUCUUCUGCCAUAAUAACCAUUAAAAAUGACGAAUUCCACAAGUGUUGUCUUUUUUGACAUGUUGCUUCUUGGUAACUACACUAAAUAUAAAUUUCACCUCUUUCACAAUGUCUUUUGUUACAGUCAAUGUCAGCUGAAAUGCAGUUGAGGCACUAUGAAAUGCAACUGCAGCAAUUCACCCCUUUAUUCCAAGACUGGGAUCACUCCUUUGUUCUGUGGCAAGAACAGUUCAAAACCUAUCCCCACAAAGACCAACUGCAGGAUUACGAGCACCAGUGGCAGCAGUGGCAGGAUCAGAUGAACGCCACCAAUGCACACCUCCAGGAAAGGGUGGCAACUCUUACUGCCAUGGUGCCAUUUGCCUCAAGCCAGUUUAACAGUGGGAUGAUAGGACAGUAUGGCCAGUACCCUGGACAAGACAUGCAGAUGAAGCAGGAGCAGUCAACAACACCUGGUAUGCAGCAUUCCCCUGUUGCUGUUGGUACCAGACCUCAAGGGCCACCCACUGGCUUUGGACCACAGUCAGAUUCAUCUGCUCUACCUCCAGUGGGAGGACCUCGCCCUGCUGGCAUUGUCAGACCCCCAGGUCCCCGCAUUGUUCAACAACCAGGCUUCAAUAGUAUAAGAGGUCCACGGUCAGUAGAAAUGGUUUCUUACAAUUUGUUAAAGUUCUUCUAUGAAAAGUGACAAAAUGCUGUUUAAAAUGUAAUCCCUGCAAACAAAGUUUUCCUUUGUUUUGAAUGAAUAUGUUUCAUUUGCAUUGCUUUAUGUUAGGAUAGAUGUGCUUUCCUUGAUACUAUCCAGCUUUUUUCAUUCAAUUAAUGUCUUAUGUCACAUUUUCUCUUGAAUUUAUGAUUCCAGAGGAAGCAACCCUAGAUUUGAUCAGCCACAACAAGGUUUUGAUGGUCCCCCAAGAUUUGAUAAGCCACAACAAGGUUUUGACGGUCCCCCAAGAUUUGAUAAGCCACAACAAGGUUUUGAUGGCCCCCCAAGAUUUGAUCAGCCACAGCAAGGUUUUUCUGGCCCCCCAAGGUUUGAUCAGCCACAGCAACGUUUUGAUAAUCCUCAGAGGUUCAACCAACCACAGCAGCACUUGGAUGGGCCCCCUAGAUUUGACCAACCAAGGCAACGGUUUGAUGGCCCCCCUAGAUUUGACCAACCAAGGCAACGGUUUGAUGGUCCACCCAGAUUUGACCAACCAAGGCAACGCUUUGAUGGCCCCCCUAGAUUUGACCAACCAAGGCCACGCUUUGAUGGUCCACCCAGAUUUGACCAACCUCGAUUUGGGCAGCAGCCUAGGUUCGAUCAGCCCCCGAGGCCCUCAGGCCCUCAGCCCCAUUUCGAACGCCCACCUAGGCCACAGCAAGGUCCCCAACCUAAGGCAGAGCCACCCAGUAAACAACCAGCCAAUACAGAUUCCAAUACUACAGGAAGAACAACUGUUAAGCCAGAGACUGAAAAAGAAAAAAAUGAUUUGGAUCAAGAUAAAAAGCGAAAUGCUGAAGACAUGACAGAUGAUAACUUGCUUGGAGCUGAAGGCUUCUUUGUCCAAAAUGAUCCUAUUCCUCAGACCUUGCAAACAAAAACAGCACCUGAAGAACUCAACACUAUUAAUGCUUCUAACAAUAGUGAAAAAUCCAAACCUGGCAACAACGUAUCCUCUGUAACUGCCCCAUCUGCAACAGAGCCAAAUAAUGCUUCUGCUGCACAAAAGCCCCUAAAACCAGAAGGACCAACAAUAAACAGUAAACCCCCAAAUGCUCCAAAGCCCUCUGGAAACCAACAAGGGCUGCAGGCUUCUGUCCAAAUGCAGUCAAGACCAGAUCCUGUAAGGGCUCCCCUUGGAAGGGGACGUGGUCAGCCUCCAGUCCCAGUAACACCCCUUGGACGGGGACGAGGGCAAAAGAGCGCAGAAGAGCUUAAGGAACCUAACGCUGAACCACUUGGGGAAGACAUGGGAGACAUGUCCUAUGACUACGAGCAACCUGAAGAGAACUUUGAGAUGCAAGAAGGGGAGGAAGACUAUCAAUGGGAGGAUCCUUCAUACAAAGAGUAUGGUGGUGGGGAGUCAGAGGUGCCCCCUGAAGAAAUGUGGAUGCCAGAGAACUACCACUUCUCAGCUGAAGAAGAGUAUUAUGAGGAGCCCAUGGGAGGACCUUAUCGAGGAAGAGGAAUGCCUCCAAUGAUGAGAGGAAGACUUCCCAGAGUGAGAGGGGGCCCUCCUAUGGGGAGAGGUGGUCCUCCUAUGGCAAGAGGAGGUCCACCAAUGGGUAGAGGGGGGCCACCGAUGGGAAGGGGAGGUCCACCUAUUGGAAGAGGAAUGCCUCCUUUUGGAGGAGGUGGACCACCCAUGGGUAGAGGUGGACCACUUAUGGACAGAAGAGGACCGCCCAUGGGAAGAGGGGGGCCACCCAUGGGAAGAGGGGGACCGCCUAUGGGAAGAGGUGGACCACCUAUGGGAAGAGGUGGACCACCUAUGGGAAGAGGAGGUCCACCUAUGGGAAGAGGAGAAACAACUGGCGUGCCCUGGGAAGACCCUGAGUCAGCCAAUUAUCCAGAGGAAGGUGAACAUAACUGGGGGGAAAUGAGACCUCCAAUGAGAGGAAUGAGACCCCCGUUUCCACCUGGUAGGGGUCGUCCUCCACGAGGGCAUCCUGGUUUUAUGCAUCCAGGACGUGGACACCCCCUACACCCACCACAUGGGCCAAUGGAUCACAAUCUCUUAGGCCAUGGGAUGGAGGGUGAUGAUGCAGAAAUGGAUCCAGCAAUGCUGUACCGUGACCCUCACGGCCAUCCAGUGCACCCUGGUGUAGGUAGAGGCAGGAGUCGUGUCCCGCUACCACCUCAUGAAAUGUUGGAUUUGAUGGAGGAGCCACCAUAUGAUGAAGGAAUGGAGGGAGAGUUAGGUUGGGAACCACCACAUGGUAGAGGCCCCACUAUGCCUCCACAUGAGAUAAUAGAUUCAGGAGGAAUGAGAAGGAGACCUAUGGGUAGAGGAAUGGCUCGAGGUAUGUGGCGGCCUGGUCCAACACAUGAGGAAUAUGAGGAGGACUAUAAAGAGGGUUAUGUAGAGGAUUAUGGUCAUGGGGAAGAUGGGUAUCGCUGGCGGCCCCCAGUAGACUAUCCACCUGAAGAACAUAGACAUGAAGCUAAGUAUUAUGAGUCUGAGUGGGACAGAGAGCGUAUUCAUGUUGAAAGAGACUAUCCCCCUCGCAAGCCACCACCAGAGCCCUACAGAGACAGAGACUGGCCAGAGGAAAGAGACAGAGAAAGGGAAAGAGGUCCUCCAUUUCCCUACGAUGACCGUGACAGGGGAAGAGGAGAGCUUAGAAUUCGAGAAUACAGGGCGGAGCCACUACCGCCCCCACCGCCAGAAUGGGACAGAUCUGCGAGACUCCCUCCACCACCAGAGAGAGGGUAUCCUGCUGACUACGAAGACCGUGUGAGUCGCUAUGAAGAGCGCAGGGGAGAAUCUCCUUUGGAUAGACCUCAAGUGGUACCUCCUGCUGCACCUGUAACAAACUUGUCAGAGAGCUCAGUUGAUCCAGCACCACAAGGAACCAAUGUAUUAGCUCUCUCACAACGCCAACAUGAGAUCAUCUUGAAAGCUGCUCAAGAGCUGAAACUUAUAAGGUAAGUUGGAGACACUGAAAAUAACCGAUUGUGUAUUCUGUAGUAUCUGAAUAAUGCACUGGCUGUUAACUGGCCAAUACCAAAUACUCAUAGAGGUAUUGGUAUCAAAACAACUCCAGUCUCUAGAUGAAUCAAAGUAAAGCUAACAAAUAAAACAAAGCUAAAAGCUGAAGGCUGUGUUUGCUUUGCUAACUAUGUUAUGAGAAGAAAAGAUACAGUGAGCGGCGAGCCUAGUACUUUCUGCAGGCUCUCCAAAGGAAAAGCCCAAUCUGUCAUAGCUCUUACGCUGAAGUUAUUUGGUAGAAGAAAUGGCUUGCACACUUCUUUAUUUUUGGUUUCCAAAGUUGUGUUGACUACAUAUUAUGACAUGACACGUUUGCUCUAUGUCAAUUAUCAUAUAUCAGAUUGCAGGAAAUAUUUCCUCUCUGUCCUUUGCAUCCAUCUCUCUGCCCCUCUCUUUGCUCAGCUGGUGUCUGUGUGUUAAUUAAGGUCCAUUUUGAAAUGUUUUGAACAGUCAACAUCUUGUGAUGAAUGUCAUUUCAGUUGAAACUCAAACUCAAUUUCUGAGUUUGAGCUACCCAGUACAGUAAAAGGCAUGAAAGCACCGUGAAAAUGUCAUCAUUCACAUGAGUCUGACAAUGCUUAUUAAAGGCAGGGCAUAUCAAACGUUACUUCUUCUCGAGGGCAGUAUUGACAUCCUAAAGAAUCCUUGACUGUCAUUGAUAAUUGUAGCCACAUGCAGUAAUAGGAGCUUUCAGUACCUGCUGCAUUUGGGAAAAUACUUAAUGCGUAUUUUUUAUUGAGAAACAAGACUUUACAAUAUCAUACCCAUCUAGAAUACAUGUGUAAAGCUUUUUAAGUGAUCUGGGCUCGAACCAAGAUGUGAGUGAGCUCAUUAUUUAUGAAAAUAAUCCUUAGACGCACUGCAUCACACCCCAUUUACCACACCUUUUCUACUACACUUGACUGAUUUUGAUACAGCACUUACACCACAUUGGUUGUGGUGCCAUAAUAGUAGUUAAAAAGUAUAAAUUCACCACGUUCUUUCCUUGGAAAACACUGAACUGAUUAGUGCUGCUUGAUUAUGGCAAAAAUCAUGAUCCCAGUUAUAAUGAUUGAUAUUGAUAAUAGGAAAAAAAAAUUUAAGCCAACCUUUUUUGGUAUCCCAAAGCAUGUCUGUCUGUCUGUCUAACUAGUUAAUAUCAACUGUUUUAAAAGUUACAUUUAAUACUUCUACUACAGCUAUGACUAUACCGACUAUAUUUACCCUGUGUAAUAGAAAACUGAAAGAUUUAAGCUCUUUUACCGCUUACAUUUAGUAACAGGCUUUUGAAGCUUUUAGAUAAUGUCCUUUUAAAAAAUCAAGACUUGUCUUUUAUUUUGAUUCUAAAUGGUGUCUCUCACUCUGUAGCCUGGCAGUCAUUAGCUUCUUAUGGUCUCUUUACUAAAGAAAUCAGGCAAAGCUAAAAAGAUGUUUGAUGUCUAGUACUAUGGCUGGGACCCUAUAUGUACUGUUGAUGAAGUUAGGUGCUGUUCUGAGCAUUAUUUGUGUCUAUAGAGUGGCUUUUUGGUUGAGGUUUGCACGUGGAGACGUAGACCACUGUGUAUUGCUAUCAUGCGGUCAUUGCUGAAGAUGGUAUAACUAGAUAAACAAGCAGUAGGCAAUAUCCAUCUCUCUAGAGGGUGUCUAUCUUGGUGUUACGGUGUGUUUGACCAUAACUUAAAUUUAUGCCGGAAUAUCCCAUUAAGGUAUGAAAAAAAAUACAAAUUUAAAACAAUUGUAAGAAAGACGCAGUUAAUGUAAUCACAACAACAAGGCAAGCCAGAGCUGUCACGCCCUGCAGGCACCACACAGCUAACAUGUAUCCUGCGCUAAGUAAGCAUUAGCCUGACUGUAUCCAAAUGAAUGAUCUUUUUUUUUAAGUGGCUUGCAUUACAGUACCAUUGAAAAGAGAAAUGAGAUGUUCAGAGUCUGAACAUCUGAACUUCAGACCUACCAAUGCUUUGCACUGCACUUAAAGAUGUUCAUCUACACUUUAAAACAUGUACUCUGUAGUCUGAGUGAUUCUUGGAUUUUUAAUCCAAAUUGACACCCAAGAAAGUUCAUAAAUUUGCACUUCUGCAUUUUUCUUUCCCUUUUUUGCUCAUAUAUCACCCCUUUUGUGGCCAACUUUCUGUUUUUGAGUUUUUGGUGAACUUAAAUCGUUUUGGGUCUACAGAGAAUUACAGGAGGGGAAGACAGCGAGUACUGAACAACCUCAGCCUGCAUCAGCUGAUGUCCUGCCUGAGCUUCCUGCUGGUCUUCUUGGUUUGGAGAUCCCAGCAGAUGUCAGGAAUGUUCUAAAGGUGAUGUGCUAUAUUUCUACAUAUGCUACACGUUUCAACCAUAGACAAUAUAUAGAAUGGACGCCGUCUGCCUCCUAGCUGGGUGAAGCCACUCCGAGAACAGCACCCUCUAGUGACGGGCUGCAGUAUAGGUCAUAAAUCCCACCUCCUCCAGCAAUCCCUAUGGAGCUGUGGACAAACUUUAGAAAUGUAUUACACAGAAUAUCAAAUUUUCAACCCCCAGCUUGCAAUAUAGUUACUGUCAGACUGGUUUGUGCUCAAGUCCUCUUUUUUCUGUGCAGCUCCAUUUUUGAAAGUUAUUAGGGGGUUCAUGUUUUCUAUGAUUGACACUUGAUACAGCCUAUGAGCAUACGAAGAUUGCUGUUUGACCGAGUGUCAUCACAGUGACUCUCCCGCUGAAUGUGUACAACGCUACUGUGCAAGUAGUGGUUCCAGGAAGUGGAGAAAAUCCCAGAAACACCAAGAGCUUUUCAGCUUCAAAUUUGUAUGAUGACUGAAGGCGGAGCCAAGUUGUCCAUAGUAUAUACAGUCUAUGGUUUAAACCCUGUCAGUAAAAAUCUGUGUUGGAAUAAUGAAAAGGUUAUCAAGAAUAUCAUUUCCACAACGUGGUGCAUGUUGCUUCAGAAAUGGAAAUAAGAACAACUAAAGAAAUAGUUGUUUUUUUGACUAUUAGAUUUGCAUAUGUUCUCUUUGACAGUUUUUGAUUGAUUAUUGGAUUUUUAUCUGUCUUCUGUAGGGCAUGACUGCAGCUGCACAAACAGUAGGAGCUGAACCUGCAUCAUGGGAUACCAAGCCUCCAGUCACAAAUUACCAGUCGUCUCUUCCUGCUGCAUCCACACAUCAAGUGAUUCCAAAGACUGUGGAUUACGGGCAUGGUCACGGUAUGAGUAGUUCGAUUGACAAAUAUGCUCGGUUUAAUGUUAAACACAGGCUUCGUUGUCAAGCCUUUCUUGGUGAUGUUAACUCGCUGUUUCAGAGCCUGGAGCCACUGUUGAACGCAUCUCCUAUGGUGAGAGAAUUAUACUGAGGCCUGACCCACUGCCAUCAGACAGGGGUUAUGAAAAAGGUGGGUCUCAGCUUUGAAAAGACCACAUGUCUCACCUGAAGCACAUUAAGCUUUUUCUGCUGUAGAAUAGUCAUUCACUGACAAACCUUCUAAAUUCUCUCAGAGCCUCUUGGUCUCCGAGAUCCUUACAGCAGAGAUCCGUACUAUGACAGACGAUCAGACCCUUACUUGGAACGUCGGGAUUACAGCAGAGAGAGGGAAUUAUACAGGGAAAAGCUUCCACCUGAAUACGAGAGAGACAGAUAUGAGAGGGAGCGCUAUCCCCUGAGAGAGCGAGAUGAAAGGUAAGUUACACGUGCCCUGAGCUUUUCCCUAUUUUUUGGGAAAUGUACUGCUUCCAUGGACGUGUAAUUUUUUUUUCUAUUUGUGUGUUUUCGCUUCAAGCACACAGUCGAUGGUUGAUGAAAGGUACUUGAACACACUGUGCCGUGCAUUGUGAUUAGUCAUCAGUGUGUGACAGUGUGAAACCAGGUAAUAAGCUGUUAUACUAAAAUCCAUCAAUGCCUCUUCCCUGUGCAGAUCUUCACUGGGGCGUUCAGGAUACAGAGACAGAGAGCGAGACAUUAGAGAAAGGGACCGAAGUGACAGCCGAGAUCGAGAAGACCACUAUGGAAGGUCUGGCUAUGAAAGAACUCCAUACGAGCGGAGUGGACUUGACAGUGGGCCUGAGCGUUACAGCCACAGCCACAGCCCCUCACCUUAUGGUAGGAGUCAGCCUCGUAAUGCUUCAACUGUUUUUUUGUGUGUUGAUUUUUCCCAGUACAUAAUUCCAAAUGUCUGUUUCUGCAUCAGAUGAGAGGUAGUUCAAAAUAAAUCUCUAACCACAGGAGUAGAUUUAUAAUCUAAAAAAGGAAAACUAUCUUUCCGGAGCCCAGGAGAUGACAUGAACUUUUUUCUUUUAAAUUUGCACGUAUGAUUUAGCAUCUUGUACGUGGGUUUUAUUUCUAAAUUGCACGUGUGUUUCUGUAAUCCUCCACCCGCCUCAUUUGUGAGAGAAGAAGUGCAGUGUCAUGGACAGAGAGCGUAUUAUCAAUAUUUUCAUUCAUUUAAGUAUGACUCACAAAGAGAUACUUUAUAGCUUAGCCACAUUUGGUAUGAGACACAUCAUCAGGAUCCUUAAAGCACAGCAACUCUGCCAUCUGCGCUAUUUGGACUUGCAGGACGUGAUUUCGUUAAUAAAUGAAUAGUUAAAUCACACCUACGGUAUAAUAACGCACGUGUAAAAAAAAAAAAAAAAAAAAAAGGUAAUGUCACCUCCCAGGCUCCGUACUAUCUAGCAAAAUACUUGAAUUUUAAAUAUCAUACAGUGGAUAGAAGAAGUUAUCCAGAAGAACGAGGACCUCCUGCUGCACCUCCCCUCCCACCUCCACCUCAGCCCCCCCCUCGAGUCGAGAAGAAGCCAGAAAUCAAGAAUAUUGACGACAUACUCAAACCGCCGGGGAGAUCGUCACGGCCCGAGAGGGUACACAAUUUAUAAAAAGUGUUUUUUUCAUGUCAAAAAAUUAUUGCCAGUCAUGUAGUUGUGAGUAGUUAUACUGUGGAUCAUGUCGACAGAUUGUUAUCAUCAUGAGAGGGCUCCCAGGAAGUGGAAAAAGCCACGUCGCAAAGCUCAUACGGGUGAGUGGAGUUGUACUAGCAAGUCAUAAUGUACUAGUCAUACAAUACAACCCAGCUAAACCUGAAUGACAUAAAUCAACAUUACUCUAGAACCUGUUCAUGUUUUACAGUAUCCUUUGUUUAUCAAAGCAAAUAGAAACACCUAAUUGUCUUUCAAUCCUCUCGACAUUAUUUAGGACAAGGAAGUUGACUGUGGCGGUGCACCUCCAAGAGUUCUAGUCCUGGAUGACUAUUUCAUGACAGAGGUUGAAAAAGUUCAAAAAGACCCCGACACUGGGAAGAGGGUCAAAAACAAAGUGAGUGUGUACAGAUUAGCACUGUCAGUGUUACAGAGCAUCAUGAAAUGUAGCUGAUGUGUAAGACAAACAAAAUCGUCUUUCAGGUCUUGGAGUAUGAGUAUGAACCAGAGAUGGAGGACACCUACCGAAGCAGCAUGCUUAAAACAUUUAAGAAAACGCUGGACGAUGGCUUUUUCCCCUUCAUUAUCUUGGACACGAUUAAUGACAGGGUUAAACAUUUUGAUCAGUUCUGGAGCGCUGCCAAAACCAAAGGAUUUGAGGUGAGUUGUUUUCAUAAACAAGUCUGAAAUAGAGUUUGACCCUUUGACACGAAGCUAAAGAGAUUUUCUGAUUUGAAGGUGUACCUGGCUGAAAUCACUGCAGACACUCAGACCUGUUCAAAGAGAAAUGUCCAUGGUCGCAGUCUAAAAGAGAUAAUGAAGGUCUGUUCCAUCGAGCUAGCUCUCUCAGUCAGCACUAAAGUAAUACUGAUAAGUAUACAAGUCUUAAUGUCGUACUAUAUUCACAGAUGUCCAAUAACUGGGAGCCUUCACCACGCCACAUGGUGCGAUUAGAUGUCCGGUCCCUGCUUCAGGAUGCUGCUAUAGAGGAGGUAAGGUCUUAACGACAUAAGGAUGUCUGUGCUAUUGUAGUCUUUAAUCACUGACUGACCUCACUGAACUUUUACCUGUGCUAACAGGUUGAAAUGGAAGACUUCAAUCCUGAUGACGAGCUCAAGGAACCCAAAAAAGAGGAAGAAGAAGAGGGUGAUCUGGUAGGACAUGAAAUUUAAAAUUUUUUGCCACGUAGCUUUCAGAGUCAUUCCACUUAUCUUUAUUCCCAUUACACUUCACCUGAUGCAUUUACUAUGAUAGUAUCAGUCAUAUUGUGUUUUUUUUGCGUUUGAGAGUCAUAAACAGAUAAAACUGAAAUAAUAUUGAAUUUUAAAUCAUAGGUUUGUCUCUUAUUUGUAGUUUGUGUUUUUAUGUAGUGUCUGUCACUUAUGUACAAGACUAAUGGUGACCAAAUUUCACUCAGCAGAAUAGAAACAGCAAAAUGUUGUCUUUAUUUGAUGUGUUAGUAGUAGUAGUAGUGUCAAGAAUGCCGCAUGUGGGUUCAGUUCCUGGAGUCUUCCCAUGACUGUCUCUUUUAAAACUUCAAGGAGAACCAACAUGGUUCAGUAUCCAAACAUCCGUCCAGGUCCUCGCAGUUCCGAUAUUAAUGCCCUUCUAAUGCUGAUGAAAGGCCACCCUACCUCCUUAGUCUGAGCUCUUUUAAGCAUGACUAAAAUUUUCUAAUGGACAUUUUUAUGUCACGGUGUGUUGAUAGCAAAUCAAUAAUAACAGAGUAUGUCCAUUCUUAAAAUUAGGCCUGGGGGACGACGCGCGCGGCUCGGCAAGAUGAAAAUAUACUGAUAUCAGCACAAGAAGGCAAUUAAACACAAAUAUUAUGUUGAUUGAUUAACGUCGACACUCUUCAAUCUUCGUGUCUCCAGCCGGUCUCCAGUGGGUUGGGCGAAUCCAAAAUGGUGAAAACAAGCAUAAUGUUCUCAGGCAGAAUUAUACCUGUGAAACAGGGUGCUCUGAAAACCCCCCCAUUAGCACUUGGUACAUUCCUCCUGAUGAAAUUAACCAUAGACUAUAAAUCGAUGUGGAAAAAAAUUGAGUUGACCAAUCAGAAUUAUGGUCAACUAAGCACGCAUCAACCAAUAAGUGGACCAGUUGACUAGGACUGUACAGCCCUAGUUAAAAUACGCUCUUGUGAGCUUAAAUCCUCUUUUAUCUUUGAUACAGUUCACCAACAAAGAAGAGUUCCUGUUAUUAAGGUGAAAAAGAAAUGAUACAAGACUGUUGCUGAACAUGUUGAGCCAAUAACAAACAAAUUGUAUAAGUCCUACCCUCACCUACCAGGUAGAAAAAUAUGCAGCAGCAAAAAUGUUUUGUGCAGCACAUAAAAAUUAUGCAGCAACUAGAGUGUUUUUUUUUAUUUGCAGCACAAAAACAAAAUAAACAGUGACUUUGAUUUUUCUUUUUUUUUUUGCAGCAUAUUAGAAAAUAAGUUGCUCUUGAUUUGUUUUUCUGCAGAUUUUGAAAUAUUUUCUUUGCAGUCAUCAAAUAUUUUGCAGUUGCCCCUUAAGGCCACCAUCAACAUCCUUUCAAAGCUGAAUUGAUAAUCACUUCCAAAGAUGAUGAACAACUGUUAAGCAUCUUUAAUUCAAAGCACUUUUUAAACCUGUUUUUAAAAUUGCAAUACAGAUAAAAUUAUUAUUAUUAUCAUCACUGUUCUGAUGAACCAAGUUAAGUUCAAAACAGAGAUGGCCAUAUUAACAAGAUAGCUAAAAUAUUUACCCAUUUCCUCAAAAAUUUUCAAAACUUUAAGGGCUGGGCUGGUUACAACCACAAAACUUUUCCUCCUGUUGAAAUGGCUUUACUAUUUUCAUUUUUGUCAAGCAACUGACAAUGAAAUUCGGAAACACCGUCACAAAGAGGUCCCUUAUUUUGAUGAACCUACAGAGAAUCAUUACAAGAAUUUUACCUUUCAGGACAAUUGUAGAGUUCUGAGACUAAUUUCAAGUCAAUCUUUGUACUCACUGUCAGACACUUGUAUGUCUUUGUUUUUAUCUUAACUGCUUCAAAAGUAUGAUAAAUGAAGGAUGGAAAAACAUUUUUGUUUCCAGACUGUGACUACUGUUCUUAUAUACAGUUUUCAAAAAUAGAAAAGUAGGUACUUCCAAAAAUAAUUUGAUUAAUCCAGAUCCAGGCAUAGCUUGUUUGAUAGCAAACGUCUCAGGAAACAUACUGCUCCUUUGACCUGAUUAACAAGUGGUUAAUCAAGAAUAAUAAAAUAUGAGCUACCACCUUAUCAUGAUGAAGGGGUUCCUGUGUCCCAAUGAUCCUGGGAGCUCAGUACCUUGGGUGACCCAGUGGGGACCAGUCCUCGUGAGAGAGGUUGGGCUCUUUUCCACUCUGAAGUUGCAGCUGGUGAGAGGAUCGGGCAGGAGUAGUGAUGCUUUUUGAGUUUCCUCCACAGGGUGGCUGGGCCCUCUCUUAGAGACAGCGUGAAAGGCUCAGUCAUCCAGGAGAGGCUCAGGGUAGAGCUGCUGCUCCUCCACGUUGAGAGGAGUGAAAUGAGGUUGUUUGGGCAUUUAAGCAGGAUGCCUCUCAGACACCUCGCUGGUAAGAUGUUCAGAGCAUGUCCCAUUGGUAAGGGACCACGGGGGAGACCCAUGACAUGCUGGAAAGACUAUGUCUCUCAGCUGGCGUGGGAACGUCUCGGGUCCCUGCUUAGGCUGCUGCCCCCGUGACCUGAGUCCGGAGAGGCGAGAGGAUGGAUGUAUGGAUAAAUAUGAUGUGAAUAAUGAUUCACUGAUAUAUUUACUCAGAUGAAGAAAAAAAAAGUCUGAAAAUUAAGGCAUGGAAAAGUAUGGGAUUUAAAAAAUGUCAACCAUGUAGGAACACUUUGUUUAUGUUAUUUCUAGUUGGUACUUCUUAGGAGAUUUAUAGGACCACCCAUUAAAGGGUGCUGGUUAUUAUCUAGGUUAUUAUUGGUUAUCAUCUUACUUAAAAUUUCUAAUAUGAAGCAGUAUGUGUAGUGAAACAUAUUUAAAUCAGAUAUUUAUUUAUAUGCUAGUUCAAUGAACUUAAAAAGCUUGAGUUUAAUUGAAUAAAUGGAUUUUUAACUCCUCUUGAGACACAAGGUUGUAAAUCCAUACUUGGCAUUUAGCUCAAUGCCGAGGUCCAGGGGCCUUAAUUAUCAAACGUGCGUAGAAAAGGUUCUAAAUUCUGAUGUGGGAAUGAAAUUUCGAAUGUGCAUAAGUACAAAAAAUCUGCAUUUAUCAAACAUGCGGACACCGGUCAUACGCACACACGCAAGUAAUCGGUGAUGAUAAAUCCCACCUGUUCUUUACUACCGUGCUCAUGCAUGGUUAGGGUCAUUUGCAUUCAGAAACGCCUCCAACUGACCAUAUAUGGUAUCAACAAUCCCUUUAAAAAUGCGUGAAUGAAUUUUUUCCGCCUCGUUGAAAUCAUGGAGGUGCACAUUCACAGAGCUGUUCUGUAGAAUGAAUGAGUCGUGCGUUCCUCCAGUUCACCGGGCAACAACGUUUAACAGAAACAAAUGUGCAUCUCAGAUUAUUUGUGCAUUGAUUGAAUGAAAUCUUUUCCUGUUGACAAAACUGAAUUUACUGUGUGAAGGGGCUUAUAUUGCGAUGUGGGUGCAAUCUAUGGCGCCAAUUAUGUUCGAGAAUCCGGCGAUGGCGUGAAAUCCUCGUUUUAUUCCGGCUUGUUGGUGAGGUGUGUUUGGGAACUGGAUGUAAAUUGAGGCCAGAAAAAUUAUUGCAUUCAACUCUACUGGCAUGAUUCUGCUUAGCGUUGUCUGCAAAAUGUCGUAUAUGACUCCAAUCUCACGCUGAAAUGUUCCGGUGGCCAAAAAUCCCAGGGUGGACAGGAUCUGGAUGUGCACUGGGAUGACUUUGGUGCGUAAACGGCGUAAACCCAUUAAAAUAUUUUGGGGAAGCGGUACCUGCUGAGAAGCCACUCUGUGUUCUCACCAUAGACUGUAUAUAAGAUGGACAGAGUCUGCCUCCUCGCUGGGUGAAGCCACUCCGAGAACAGCAGCCUCUGAUGGUGGGCUGCAGUACAGGUCAUAAAUCCCACCUUCACCAGCAAAGCUUAUGGGACUGUGGACCAACUUUAGAAAUUUAUUACACAUAACAUAAAUUUUUCUCCCCCCUGCUUGUGAUGUUGACAUGUAGUUAUUGUAAGACUGGUUUGUGCUCAAGUCCUCUUUUUUCUGUACAGCUCCGUUUUGAAAAGUUAUUUGGGGGUUCAUGUUUUCUAUGAUUGACACUUGAUACAGCCUAUGGGCGUUCAGGGAUUGCGUAGCUCACCUGGGGGAUACACUGUAUGAGCCGAGCGUCAUCACAGGGACUCUCGGCGACUGCGCGGCAGAAUGCGCGCAUCGGUACUGAGCAGCUCUGGUUUCAAGGAAGUGGAGAAAAAUCCAGAAUUACCGAGAGCUUUUCGGCUUCAAAUCCGUAUACAGGCGGAAGGCGGAACCAGGUUGUCCAUCUUAUAUACAGUCUAUGGUUCUCACUGAACAGAUCAUCACGGUCUUUAAAAACGCGCUCCCUGCGGAGCAUACGGUUCUCCAAGUCCUCCAAUAGCGCAAUAUAAGCCGUGAUUCUUGUAUCAGCACUUGAAAGACUUCCUUGAAGUUGUCCUGUCACAGCUGAUUUUUAUUGCUUGUCACACCAAUCACUAAAAAUGUCUGCUAAAUAACUAAUCCGUUGAAUUUUAUACAGAGGCAACGGGGAACAUGUGUUAAGUUUGCGAUUGACUCCUUUAUUUGGUUCUAUUUGUAGUUUCACUGUUCUACCACUAGAUUUUGUGUGUACGCAUGGCUGUUGUGCUUAAAUGUAGGCACGUUCCUAAGCACAAGUACAGGUUGAUGAAUUCCAUACUUUGCGCGGGAAUGUUCGUACGCACUCACUAAGCAUACAUCUGUGCGUAUGCACGGUUGAUAAAUGAGGACCCUGGGGCCUGUUCUACGAAGCAGGAUUACUGCUUAGCGAGGUAACUUCGGGGGUAAGUUCGGAGUUUCCUGUUCUACGACGCAGGUUCACUUCUUAGCGAGGUGAGUCUUCAUGGCAACAUAUGCUGAACGGCUAACCUGCUCCGGGGCAGGUUAGGUUCCAGAUUGAACUCACCGAGUAUAAAAACCCCGCCCACUGACCAUUGAGCUCUCUCGAAAAAUGGCUUGUCCGUUCUUGGAGGAUCCUUUAGACCUCGGUGCUCGCAUUGUCCGAGGAGCACUAUGGCGUGCAAGAGUUUUCAGGGACUGCACAGACCCACUUACUUUUCUGGAUGACCACCUUUAUGAAAGGCUCAUAUGGCCGACAUAUCACACAAAAAUGUAAACACAAUAGGAAUGAACAAAUGAAUGAAUUCAUCUUGGAAAUGAAUUAGACAUGUCUGGUGCAUGUUAAAAACACAUGCUAAACAGUCUUAUUUCAGGGUGAUAAUGGCAUCAAGGAUUUUUUGCGCACUAUAUUUACGCACUGUCGGCAAUUUUCUGCCAGCAAUUCUUCCGUGCUUUUGCAGCAGCUACAGUGUUGCUUUUGAGGUUUAUGAAAGAUUUGAAUUCUUCAUACUUUCUCAUGAUCGUCUUCUACUCCUCGUUUGUAAAGUACGCAGUCUUUCGCUCUCUGGCCUGCUCUGAUGCUCCAGACUGGUCCAUGUUCGCGAUUGGUCAGAUGCGGCGGGCUCCGCCUUACAUGCGUGCACGCGCUCAUAGCAAAGCUGGAUCCACUUACGAGGUUGAUAACCAGCGUCGUAAGACCGUUUAGCGAGACCACUGGCUACCGCGCUAAGUUGAGCGAGGUAGCUCCAAGGCCACCUCGCGUAGUUGAAACAGACUUGGCCACAGUGUCUGAUUCAUCGUUUUCCUCCCCAGCAGCUGUGCUUGAGCCUCAGAUAUCAAAGUGUCAUUCUGUCUUGAAAUAAAACAUUGAACAUACUGUACAUAAUUGGACAUGAAGUAACUGCAUUUGAAUACAUUUACCAAAAAGUGUAAAUAGUGAUUUUUUUAAGUGACAAAAGAACUGAAAAAAAAUUAAAAUUUUAUAACUGCAACAUGAUGGUAAUGAGCUAUUUUAGAUUUGAUUUAAAAAAAAAUAUUCCUUUUUGCUGCAAAAUUUUCUUGAAUUGUAAAUUGAUUUCUUUGAUGAAGUCAAACAAUAUUUACAACAAGAGAGGUGCAGAAAUCAGACACGAACAUUAGAUCUCAAAUAUAAUGUUUCAUUAGGAUGUAAGGCAUACAUAUAUUUUUUAGUCAUUUUAUGACAAAUUAUCUAGCCUUUUCAAACAGUCCUAUAAUUCUAUUAAAGCCAUCUUAAUAUCAGCAGAUAUUUAUUAGCUUUCCUGAACUGUGUUUUGUGCUUUACAUUAGAAACUCUGACAUUAUAGGAUUUACUACUGUAUUAAUUCAGUUAAACAGGUAAGGGUUCUAAUCCAAUGCAAUCCAAGUUUAUUUAUAAAGCACAUUUAUUUAAAACAACAAAACACUGACCUAAGUGCUGUACAGUAAAAAUUAAAAAAACAAUUUAAAAAAGGGUUAGUAAACAAAAAAAGACAAAAAAAAGUUUUUUGUUUUUUUUAAUGGUAUUUCGUUUUAUUUUAUUUUUUCAUUCUUUAAUUUUCAGAAUGUUGAAGUUUUGAGUGAUUGCUUUAGUCAAUGGGGUGCAGAUGCCAAAUCAUGAGUAAUUGUGAUAAAUAAUCACAAUUCCAAUAUCACUAAUGAUGAUCAAUAUCAAUAUCAGUAAUGAUCCUCAUUGCUUCUUUUCCAUGGUUGGAACAGCCCUCAAACACAGCCUAAGUAAUGAUUUACAUUUGUGAUGACGUAACAGCAAACUAAUUCUCUCUUUCAACAGAUACCUGCUGUGACGUGUAGUUCAUAGUCAAUUCUGUAUAACUUGAGCUAGAAGUCAGCCCAGCACAGUCAGUUUUGAUGUUCAUAUUUCUUGGAAUGCAUCAGAAGUGAUUGGUCUGACCUCUAAUCAAAAAACGCACUUUGAGAUUUUACUCCUACUACUCAACAAAAUUCGCACUGUUGUUUUUUUUACAAAUCAGAAUCAGUAUAUUUGUACUUUGGUCAACAAAAACACUGUUUGGUUUCAUAUCUCUGAUGAAUGCCAGAGGGAAGCCUCAGUGUAAUUUACUCUCAUCAGAGGCAGAUAGAAUGGGUAGUUCUUUGGGCAACAUGAUAACCAAAACAUGACUAAUGUCUGCAGCACAAAGGCCACAUGGCGAAGGACUGUCAGGAAGUCAUUCCUGGCGCUAACUACUGGCUACAUUGUCAUUGCAAAGAAGUUUACAACUGUUCCUUAGUACCCUUUGUAUUAUCAGAUGAUAUGAAAUUGUAAUGAGUUUUGAGCUUCAACCAGUGUUAACUACAGACAAAGAACAUUUAUGAUCAAAUGCAAAGAAUUCGACAAGGUUUAAAGAAGCACCUAAAACAGGGGUGGGCAAUCACGUGCCUCAUGGAGGGCCGAGAGGCUGCAGGUUUUCUUUCCAACCCAAAACUCCCCCAGGUGAUUUCACUGAUAUCCUGACCUCCAAGCAGAGAGCAGGGACUAAUUAGUGAAAUCACCUGGUGGAGUUUUGGGUUGGAAAUAAAACCUGCAGCCUCUCGGCCUUCCACAGCACAUGAUUGCCCACCCCCGACCUAAAGAAUGAAAGAGGUUUUCCACAACACCCACCUACACAAGUCAGUCAAUUCACGACAUCUUUCAAGCUGUCCUGUCAAGAUGAAAUGAGCACGUACUAUCCGUUGGUCUUAUCUCACACCUGAGGAAUAAUUAGCAAGAAUACAAGAAGUCACCUGUGUCAGAGUUUUGCAUGAAAUUGUCAAAGAAUGGAAAGUAAUAUAAAUAUAUACAUUGUCAAAUGUGGAGUAUAUUAAACAAAAAAGGGAAACCAAAGACUUAAGACCCAGGUUGUCCAAACAAUUUAAGCUUGCACCUCAUGUACAGUGGCUGUAGGGCUCAUCACAGCAGUCACUGGAUCUAUUUUCAGCCACAACCUUUUGCUGCAUGUCUUCUUCUGCCACUCUCUACUAGCCACACUGAACUGUGUUUCUUUACCUGUCAUAUCAGUACAGGCGAAAAUGUCCAGAAGCAUAACCAAUAACAAAUUAAAACAACCAAAAAAGUACUAGAACAAAGUACAAAAAAUGCAAUAACUAAAUGUUUGCGCUGAAAACUAAAAGACUCAAAUAAGAUAGACUCAUGAGAAAAAAACGGGUAGUAGGAACAAUAAUACCAAAGAAAAUUUUAUGACAAAUACACAAAAAUAUUAAUAUGUCUUAAAUGAAGGGACAGUCAUACUAAAGACUGAAUGACCAUGUUUAUGAAAGUUUGUCUAAGGUAAACAGUGAAACACUUGUUUCCAUAUUUUAACAUCACCUAUUCUUGGUUUAAAAGAUGCUCUUACUUUGAAAAUUGUGCACUAGUCAUCUAAGGAUGCAGAUUUCUGAGAUAAAUAACUCCAUUUUAGCAAAUCACGCUGCACAUCUGAUAAUCUUUCAUAUUUGAAAAUAUAAGCUUCUUUAAUACAUAUUAUUGUGUGAAUGGCUUUGUACCUCCUAAUAUUUAGAAAACAUGAAAGUCACUACAAACUUCCUACAACUCAUAUUGGACCAUUAGCAAAGUGCUUGCUAUCAGUCAAGCCAGCAGCCUCAGUGGGAUGAUCCAGCUGAGGUUUUGUUUGAGGGUUGAUACUUCUCUUAGUCAAGAGGUUUGACUUUUUAUAUUAAAAUGUAAACACACUGACCUCCUGCUCGUGUUCCCCGAAGCAGUGCACAGCUGUUAUCCACUGCUUUUUUCUUUUGCAUGAGGACAAGAUCAAAGUUUUAACCCAAACUUUAAAGUCUCAGUUUGCAAGGUCUAAUAGUUUUUUGCUGUCUCACCUCUCAGUUGUCUUUGUUGUUCUCUUUUAACUUCUUAUACACCAGUCUGCUCUCUUUCAGCCAACCCUGCGUCCCUUUGCCCUUCUUAUCCCUGUAUGUGUAACGGUUGCAGUGUUUCUUUCCACAAUUUAGGGCUACAUUCCAAAAAGCAAAUGGGAGAUGGACACGUCUGAGGCAAAACUUGGUAGGUAUUUUAAUUUUUGGUUUCUAUUUCAUGACUACCUAAUCUUUCUUUGCAACAUAGAAGUUUCUUUAACUUUUGCGUGCAUUUCAACUUCUAAGUGAUUGGUAAUAUUUAUGUAUGACAUAUUAAUUAUGUCUUGUGGCUGAGUAUGUUAUCUAAUUGUGUGUAAAUUAUGUAUGCUGUGUUGUGUUGGGAGGGAAAUGUGGUAGGUAACAGUUUUAAUGUAAGCUUUUAUAAUUGGUCACAAGUCCUGAAAACAAUAUCAAGAUCCCCGUUUUGUUCAAAUAAAAAAAAUUGCAAAAAUACCAUCCACUGAAGGGCUCUCUUGUCCUCACACACCGCAAAUCAAAGCCUUAUGCAAAAUGUAAAGUCAUACUGCCUGUGAAAGGGCUCAUAUUAAGGUGCCCACUCUUUGUACUCUUUGUAUGUGUCCCACUGUGAUCUUUUUUUUUUACUACUUAAAACGUCAUCAGUGGUCUUUAAACUGUGAUAAUAAGCUUUUAGCCAAAUCAUUAUUAAGGCCUUUUCUUCUGCAGAGCUCCAGUAGAUCAUUAGCAAUUAACCUCUAAGCCUCGGGUGGAGACAGUGCUGCUCUGCACACUCCUCUUCACACUAGCUUGCAGCCUAACAUUGCCAGUGUGGUAGAAGUGGCAGGUAACAUAGGAGCUAUUCAGCUCUCUGACAAUAAUGUCUUUUGGGACAUGAUGAAAGCUAGUAUCAUAAUUAGCUUUCUUGCGAGCAUUGCAAUCCGCUAACGCACAUGCUUGUUCUGCGAUUGUCCUCUUUAUUUCUCCGAGUCUGGCCUGCAUAGUGGGGCUCCGGGGGGGGGCGGAGCUUGGAUUUGUGACAUAGGAAAUCUCACUGUCUGAAGCUGCCAUUUGGGUCUGUCAGAGAUUCACAGCAUUGGGAAUGCAGAAAUGCUCAAAAAUACAAUUUCGCAUGAGGUUUUCUCAUGAGAUGUCCUGUAGCAUUAGAGAAAAUGCCAUACAAACAUGUAAAAAAACAAGAAAAACGUGAUUUUCAUCGGAGUGGGUCUUUAAACAGUUAAGCUAACGCUUGUUUGACCUGCAUUGUCUUGAUGAAUUUCAAAGUAAAUUUUAAAAUAAUGUUGCCAUUAUUUGUGACAGUUUUUCGCCACAUAAUGAGCUAGGAUUGAGAGGUUUUGAGUACCAACAUACUUAAUUUGAAAACCAUUGUAAAGUAAACAUUGCUUCAUCUAGAACUGAAAGCACCUAAAAAAUCCUUAGCAUGAGGCUAAAAAUGAUUAUAUUUGAAAAAAUUACUUUUGAGGAUAUUAAGGUUAAGCUUUUUUGUUUUUUAAGGACUGACCUGGAGAGGGAUUUUUGUUUUAUACAGAUAAGUUGGAUGGUCUUGGGAGUAGCGGGAAGCGGAAACGCGAGGACAUGGCAGGCAUAGAUCACUUCCUCCAGCUUCCAGAUGACUACGCCACACGUAUGUCAGAACCAGGAAAGAAAAGGGUAAAUAACUAAACUUUGCCACGAGGCUUCUCUUCUCUAAAUGUGUUUGUUUGCCACCAGGGUAGCAUGAAAAAAUGAAGGUAAAAUCAGGCACUCCAGGUUUGUUUCAGUCUUAAAAUACACCUUUCUUUAUAGUUCAUAGAGGGAAGUCUUUACAUGAUGCUCACUUAUCAGCUUCCUCGUCGUAACGCCAUGCAUGCUUGCUUCCUUUCUGUUCUAAGGUUCGGUGGGCUGAUUUGGAGGAGCAGAAAGAUGCUGAUCGAAAGCGCGCUAUUGGCUUUGUAGUGGGUCAGACAGACUGGGAGAGAAUAACUGAUGAGAGCGGCCAGCUAGCACAAAGAGCUCUCAACCGAACCAAGUAUUUCUAAGAAGAUAAUCGAAUGCCCUUUUUUUUCCCCAUCAUUGAAGGGUAAGUGUUUUUUAAUUUUUUUAUAAUAUUGUUAGGAAGGCUAUUCCUUUUACUGAUCGCUCGUAAAAGUUUCUUUAAAAAGUACUAAACCUAUGAAAAUAAAAACGAUAAUUUUAAAUGAUUAAAAAAAAAAAAACUUUUUAAAGAUUACAAUUUUGUACUUUUUCCAGUGAUAUUUCAAUAGGAUAUUUUAUAGAAUCAUUCUUGAGACACAUCCUCAUCAGUUAUCAGUUGUUUUUUUGAAACAUAUGUCCGGCACCCCCUUUAGACUCUAUGGCUCAUUUCAUGACAAUAUACUGUGUAUGUGUCAGUGUAAUAACAGUACUUUAUUUUGCUAAAAUUGUCAUUACCAGAAUGUGAAAAAUGUGUUUCCCCAACCUGCACAGUUAAGAGUAGAAUUUGAAAAACAAACUUCCGUGGCUUACUGAUCAGUGAUUUCUUUUUCUCUCUACAGGUGUUAUGAGUGUGAAAACGCUUUAUUCUACUCGUGGUGAAAUAAAAGGCUCGUCCUAUAGUUCUCAUCAAGGUGACCUUAACUAUUACCAUCAAAUUUUUAGAUUUUUUCAAGGAGAAAAUUACAGUGAUGUCCUUUUCUUUAGUAUUUUAAACAGGCACCAGUGAUGUUCUACAACAAAUUAGUAGUUUAUAAUUCUUUUGUCAUGUUUUUUUUUUUUUUUUUUUUUUUUCUGUUUUGUAUUUCCCAUCUUUCCUGUACUGUAUACCUGCGUUACUGUUUCUUGGUCUGUACAUACAUGAAGAAAAAAGACAAUAAAGUUCUUCAAAUAAUCAAA